AUGCCAGAACAGCCGGUUGACGAAAAGUCGAGCGUACGCUCUUACCUGGUGGUCGCUGGAGCAUCUCUAUCACUAUUUUCCAGCGUCGGAUUUCUCAACUCGUUUGGGGUGCUUCUUUGCGGCGGGAGUCUGGGCGUCCUGAUAGCCGUUUUCAUGACCUCCUUGUGCACCCGCUUUUACCAGUUCUUUCUCGCGCAAGCCCUGCUUCUCGGUAUCUCAAUGUCCUUCGUGACAUGGCCACCUGUUGCGGUUGUAUCUCGCCAUUUGCCGCGGCACAGGGGUCUGGCUCUGGGGCUAGUGAUCAGCGGCUCAUCUCUCGGAGGUCUCGUCUGGCCCAUCGUUCUGCAGCAGCUUCUUUAUCAUACAGGCCUCGGUUUUGGUUGGACGAUGCGAGUUGUGGGCUUCACCAUGUUGCCAUUGCUGGCCGUUGCCUGUCUGAUUGUGGUUGAGGCUCCUCAGGACAGACCACGGCCGUUGGCUCCCACCGAGCAUGGGGAGGCACAAGAGACGCUUGAGGAGAAGCCCCCAAAGAGCAGAAAGACGGAUUUCUCAAUCGUGAAGAAGCCGGAAUUUGUCUUCCUCUGCGCUGGCCUCGCAAUCGGCUACCUUGGACUCUUUGCUCCUUUUUUCUACGUUUCGUCCUAUGCAGUGGCCAAGGGAGUGUCACCUUCGAUGUCUUUUUAUUUGAUUUCGAUUCUCAAUGCUGCUUCGCUCUUCGGGCGAGUUCUCCCUGGUGUCCUAGCGGAUAGGUGGGGACACUUCAACUUCAUGGUUGUAGCGCUGGGAACAUCUGCUAUCGUUGGCUUCUGUUGGACUGCAGCGACAAGCCUGCCUGGGCUGGUUGUUUGGUCUUUGACAUACGGUUUCACAUCUGGAGCCGUGAUGAGCUUGCAAGGUGCAUGCUCCGGAUGA